UCCAAGCAUUAAGAUUCGAUUACCAGUGGACGUAAUGAGGCGUUGGAAAACUUAAUUAGCAUGUAAAUUGUUCAAUUAACGAUUUGUCGUUUUUCCACCACGUUUAAUAAAUUAUUCAUCGACGUUUACUCUAUAUUCAAGGCUCUUUAUGGGCAAGAUUUUACGAAUAACUUGAAUAUAAAUUGAAGUAAUCAGCGUUUUCUUUUAGUAUUUAUUUUAUUCGAGCGUCAUCGGUCAAAAGCUAUUACUUUUCCUUAUGCUCAUACAAGAUUCAUCUCAUACGUGAACAAUAAGGAAGUUUACCCUAAAUACCUCCAAUACCAAGCUUCAUCCUUGCAAAGAACAGAAACCGUCAUAUUAUGCAAUCCCUUGCAUAUUUUUCACCAGUACACAUAAUCUUUCGUAACAAAAACUCAUAAUUUUCUUUCGAUUGCACGUUUCAGCAGUGACAUUGUCGUCACAACAAACGCGCGUGUGGAAAUUACAAAUAUAAAGCCGACAUAAUGAAUCGAAACAAAAAUAAACGAUCCUCGACGAUUAUUUUGCCAAACCGUUCCUCCAUCAUCCUCAUCAUUCGCGAUUAGCAUUAUUCAAGCCUCGGCGCAUGAGAAGCUUUUAGCGCACAAUAGACCAAUCAUCCUUUUUCCUCGUUAAUCCAUACGCAGGUCAUCCGUCCCCCAAAAGCCGACGCGCUGCCCUCAGGCAUCAGCUGCUAUGCUACGUAAACUCUUUAAACAUAUAUAUAACACGUUGCCGGGAUUUCAUCGAUUCUCUCUCGCGAAACCCUUAACCCUCGCGCUCGCAGUCGCGUUAAAGCCUGACCUUGACCUUGUCGGCGUAGUAGUCGGCGUUACGGCCUCGGCGGAGAUCGCGAGAAUUAAAACUGCAUCCGUCGUCUCUAGCUGCAAAUUGCGAUGUAGCUGUCCAGUGUUUUCCCGUUAAUCCGCGAUUAUCGGAGAGUGCUUUUCAUUGUUGAUGUGUGCCGAGGGGGAUUUUUUUAUCACACGACUUUGCGGAUUAUACAAAAGAGACGAUACUCUCUGUAAAUGUUUUUCAUUCUCUUUUAUUUUUACCCGCGAGACUUCUGCAGAAAAGCUUUCAGAGCUAUAAAGCUGUACACACAUCUGCAGCUGCACGACCUCCGCGGCCAAUAGGAAUACCGACGGGAAUAUGAAUCGCAAACAGAAAUUGCUUUUUCCAUGUGCUUUCUGUAUGCGGGGGAAACACGCUUGAGAUUGAUUGAGCAGCGGUUGCAGAGUCUACGCCUUUGUGAAUUAAGUAGAUGGAGACGGGUGUGGUGAAAUAAAACAUGAAUCCGCAGUACAUGCAGCAACAACGUCCUCCAUAUGGGCCUACACAAGCAAAUGCUCCUUACAGCGAGCUGAAUGCAAACCAUCCACCUAAAGGCCCACCUGAUUCGCAUUCAUUUCCAUCACAAAAGCCACCAUUAGGUCCACCACCCACAGAUAAUGCUCCAUCUCUAAGGCCGCCAUACUAUGUGAACGAUGUUCAAGGACAAGCACCUGAGGCUCAACAUGGACUAUCCUUGUCACAAUCUAAUCAAAAUAACCUUGCAGAUCAAAUGUCUAGCAUGUCUCUGUCUGGAUCACAGAGACCUCCUUCUUCUCAAGGGUUUCCCUUGCAAUCUGAGAAGAAUGUACCAACAAUGCCUUUUCCAUCUGCUGUAAAUGGAAUCAGUAACCAGAAUCAUUAUCCUACGCGAGAUCAAUUGAGUGCAAACAACUUGCCAACAGAAAAUAGUGGACAUAUACCUCAAAAAUCUUUGCCGUAUCAACAAGGACCUCCUACAUCACUGACAUCAAGUCUUCCACCUUCGUAUGGUCCACCUACUGCAUCUUCUCAAUUUCCCAGUCAGCAACAAUAUUCUGGACAGACAUCAACAUUUACAGCACAUCAAGCACCAAAUAUCCCUAGAAGUACGCCACAGCCCACACCUCCAACAUCUACUGAUCAUCAAAGUCAAAUGCCUAGUCAAAACCGAUAUGGACCUUCAUCGAUUAAUCAGGCAGAUAUGGCUGGACCACCUCUUCUAGGAAAAGUACCACCAGUGCCUAUGAAUAAUCAACAGUCGUUUAAAGGGUCUCCUAUGCCUGGUCAGCCACAACAAAGCAUGCCUGGUCCUCCACAAUCUGGGUCAUAUAUGAAUAAUCCACCCAAUGCAAAUCGACAAAACUUGUCUGGGCCUCCGAUACCUGGGUCAAAUUAUCAAGGUCCACCACCGACCAAUCAACAACAUAUACCAAAACCUCCUCUUCCUGGACAAAUUAGUGGAUUAUCAGGACCUCCGCUGCCAGGACAAGCAAAUUUAUCUGGUGCCUAUGGACAAACAAAUUUAACUGGACCUCCUCCAUUACCAGUACAACAAAAUCUACAUAGUCAGUAUGGUAAUCAAAUACCUGACCAACGGCGAUAUUCAUCUAGCCCGUCCAUGCCUGGACAACAUAAUUCUGCUGCUCCUUAUAGUCACAUGAAUUAUCAGCAUUCUGAUACUGGAUAUCAGGGAUAUCAACAAAAUUAUAACCAAACUGGCCAAAGUAAUAUGUAUGCUAAUCAGACAAGUCCUUACCAAAGUGGACUGGCAAGUCCUACUAGUGGGUAUCAACCAAGUACACAAACUCAGCAAGCCAGAAGACUUGAUCCUGACCAAAUGCCUAGUCCUAUUCAAGUGAUUUUAGAUGAUCAAAAAUUAAAAGGUGGAGUUUUCACCACGAACGAAAAAGGAUUAGUUCCACCAUUAGUUACCACUAAAUUUAUUGUAGAAGAUCAAGGAAAUGCAUCACCAAGAUUCAUUCGAUCAUCCAUGUAUACCGUACCAACUACUGCAGAUAUUAUUAAACAGACUCAAAUCCCGUUUUCACUUAUAUUGAGCCCAAUGGCGCAAGUAGAAGAAGGAGAAUAUGAACCGCCAAUUGUUGAUAUGGGGGAAAUCGGUCCUGUACGGUGUAACCGUUGUAAAGCUUAUAUGAGUCCUUUUAUGCAAUUCGUUGAUGCUGGUAGAAGAUUUCAGUGCAUGUUUUGUAAAGCAACAACAGAAGUCCCUACCGAAUAUUUUCAACAUCUGGAUCACACUGGUCAAAGAAUGGACCGUUAUGAACGUCCUGAAUUAAUACUGGGAACGUAUGAAUUUAUAGCAACAAAAGAUUAUUGCAGAAAUAAUACAUUUCCAAAGCCACCUGCAAUCAUAUUUGUUAUUGAUGUAUCUUACAAUAAUAUAAAAUCAGGUUUAGUCAAUUUGCUGUGUGUUCAGAUGAAAAAAAUCAUUCGUAAUUUACCAGUUGAUGUCGGCCAGAGCAAAUCUAAUAUGAAAGUCGGUUUCAUUACGUACAAUAACACAGUUCAAUUUUACAACUUGAACGCCACUCUUGCUCGACCACAAAUGAUGGUUGUCGCCGACGUUCAAGAUGUAUUUAUGCCACUUCUCGAUGGUUUUCUUUGUGAUCCAGAGGAAAGUGAAGUAUUAAUUGACAGUUUGAUAUGCCAAAUUCCAACUAUGUUUGGAGAUACGAAAGAAACGGAGACCAUACUUGCACCAGCUAUUCAAGCUGGCUUAGAGGCUUUAAAAGCAUCUGAAUGUACAGGAAAGCUUAUGGUAUUCCAUUCAUCUCUUCCAAUAGCUGAAGCUCCAGGUAAACUUAAAAAUAGAGAUGACCGCAAACUUCUUGGUACCGAUAAAGAAAAGACCGUAUUAGCUCCACAAAAUAACUUCUAUAAUAAUCUUGGUCAAGAGUGUGUUGGAUCUGGCUGUAGUGUUGAUUUAUUCGUAUUUAAUAAUUCAUAUGUUGAUAUUGCAACUAUUGGUCAAGUUGCUAGACUUACAGGUGGAGAAGUUUAUAAAUAUACGUAUUUCCAAGCAGACAUUGAUGGAGAGAGACUGAUCACGGACGUUAUAAAUAAUAUAAAUAGGCCCGUUGCAUUUGAUGCAGUGAUGCGGGUCCGGACUUCUACUGGUGUUAGACCAACUGAUUUCUAUGGCCAUUGUUUCAUGUCUAAUACUACUGAUAUAGAAUUAGCUAGUAUAGACUGUGAUAAGGCUCUUGCUAUUGAGAUCAAACAUGAUGAUAAAUUAGCAGAAGACGAAGGUGUUUACAUUCAAGCUGCGCUACUUUACACGUCUUGCAGUGGUGUCCGAAGGUUACGAAUUAUCAACUUAAGCUUAAAAACUUCGUCGCAAAUGGCAGAACUUUAUCGAGGAUGCGACUUGGAUGCUAUCAUUAAUUAUCUUUCUAAACAAUGUGUAUUCAAACUGAUAGAUUCGACUCCAAAGGCAAUCAAAGAUAGUUUGAAUUCGAGAUGCGCAGCUAUUUUAGCAUCAUACAGGAAACAUUGCGCAUCUCCAUCUAGUGCUGGGCAAUUAAUACUUCCCGAAUGCAUGAAAUUGUUGCCUUUAUACACAAACGGGUUAUUGAAAAGUGAUGCAACCACUGGAGGCAAUGGUAUCACAGUUGAUCAGAAGUCUUACGUAAUGAUGGCCGUAGCUACAAUGCCAAUUAGCGAGUCGGUUGUUCAUGUUUAUCCUCGAUUACUUCCUUUGCACGACGUUGAUCCUCAAGAAAACGAUCUCCCGCCUAUGUUACGUUGUUCUAUAGAUAAGUUUGUAGAUGAUGGAGCAUACUUAUUGGAAAAUGGAAUCCACAUGUUCAUAUGGCUCGGUUCAAAUUUAAAUCCGCAAUGGAUACAGUCAGUCUUUGGAGUCACAACUGUUGCUCAAGUUGACACUGAUAGGACCGCUAUUCCCUCCUUGGAUAAUCCAAUAAACAAGCGGAUUCGAGAUAUAAUUAGUUACGUCCAGAGUGAAAGACGAUAUUGCAUGCGGUUGACUCUUACGAAGCAACGAGACAAACUGGAAAUGGUAAUGCGACAGUUCUUGGUAGAGGAUCGAGGUGCUGACGGUAGUCCAGGAUACGUGGACUUUUUGUGCCAUAUGCACAGAGAAAUUCGAACGCUCCUUAGCUAGUGAACAUUGAAUUAAGCAAUCUCUCAACUCGCAGGCGAAUAAAAUUAAGUAAACUUGAUUUGAGUAGAGUGUAAUAAAGUUUAAGUGUGAAAGGUGUGUGUGAGUGUACAUGCAAGAUCGCGCUAGCAUGAACGAAACUGAAGGGCAAAAUAGGGCGGAAAAGGAUCGAUUUGUACAAGAUUAAUUUUAAAGAUGAAUUGUAUUAUUAUACUGCGUAUCGUGUCAAUAGCCUUGAUAUUAUGUAUGGUUAGUAAACUAAAAUAACUGUUAAGGUGUAACAAAGCAUUAUAAAUUUAUACACUAAGCCAAAACUGUUAAUGGAUAUUCAACUGCUUUAUUUAAAAAUGUUUUUAUUUUAUUCCCUUGAUCAACUGUAUAUUUCUUUGAUAAUAGUAUACCAUGUAUAAAUUGAUAUUAAAUUAUAAUUUUAAAGAAAUCUAAA